AUGAUCUGCCCUCUUUUUCAGCUCGCAGCUUUGGCAGUACUCACUGUAGCUUCCGCCGCCAACACAUUUGUAGGGUGUCGCGUUGACCUCGACGAUCCGUUCCCUGGUUUCGCAAUCAAUACCCCGAGUACGGAAGCAUGCGCUGUGAGUCCGAAUGGUCCAGGUGUCAAGGCGACCGCAUGCUAUGACACCUACGGCUGGAUUUACGCGUCCCCCACCUCCCCCUUCCUCCACAGCUUCUACGGCCCGUACUCGGAUGGCGCCAAUUGCCAUUGCUCCACCGACCCUCAAUACCUCGAAUCGUACACAGCAUCGGCUACCGCAGCCAACCCCACGGUCUGCGCCGACGCCGGCAACUUCUCGGUCUUGCGCAUCGGCACCUCGUACACCUUAUCGGAGUGCUUUGUGACUGUUUCAGGCACCAGCUCCGGUUUCGCGCCCAAUGGAGACUGCUUCAGCUUCUGCGGACCCAACUCCCCCGGAAUCACCGCACUCCAGCCUCAGUCAGGCGAUAACCUCUGUGUUUGCGAUGUCCAAGCAACCUCGGGAUCGAAUGCCAUUUGUGGCCUGUUCACCUUCUACACCUACUCGCGUACACAGGCGGCGGCCGCGUCUGGCAUCUUGCGGCGGAGGGAGCGGGUGGAGAGGAAGCGCGCACAGGCGGCGAUGGCGAAGAGACUCUGCCCGAUGAAGCGAGUGGCGUGUAUCAUCCCGGGGUCUGAUUCGUACGAGGCGAGUACUUGUAUCGACCCACUCUCCGAGCUCGAGUCAUGCGGCGGAUGUGUCAACGGGGUCUUUGGGGCGAGCAAAACCACGACGAGCGGUACCGACUGCUCGGCGCUGCCUGGAGCUCGACUCGGCAGCUACUCGUGCUCGGCUGGUCGUUGUGUAGCUACCCGGUGCGAUGAUGGGUACACGUUGAGUGCGGCGGGCAAGUGCGAGCAGUGA